AUAACUUGUCAUGUGAUAUAUUUUGGUAUUUUAGGGAAAGAGAAAGAGAAUUAGUAAAAAGAUGAAUGGGAAGAAGAGAAGUCGAGACAUUGAAGAAAUGAAUAGUGGAGCGAUACCUAAAUAUCCAAAUGCAGUUUUCCCUCUACCCACAAACCUUGGUUCCAGUAUUGGAGCAGCCCCAUUACAUGUAGAGGAGGCGGCUAUAUCAGAACGAGAGUCAUGUGACUACAGCAUUAAGAUCUCAUUGGCUGAUGCUCAAGCAGGAAGAGCACCAAGACGUGUGCGAGUGUAUGCAGACGGCAUUUAUGAUAUGUUCCAUUCUGGUCAUGCAAGGCAACUCAUGCAAGCGAAGAUGGCCUGUCCAAAUACAUACCUGAUUGUUGGAGUGUGUAAUGAUAAUUUGACACAUAAAAUGAAGGGUCGUACAGUUAUGAAUGAGACGGAGCGUUACGAGGCAUUGAGACAUUGUCGUUACGUGGACGAGGUAGUCACAGAUGCUCCAUGGACAUGUACAAAUGAAUACCUCACACAUCAUAAGAUUGACUUUGUUGCUCAUGAUGACAUUCCGUACACAGCAGGGAACACAGAUGAUGUUUAUAAAGAUAUUAAGGCUAGAGGAAUGUUUUUAACGACACAACGAACAGAAGGUAUUUCUACAACAGAUGUUAUAGCAAGGAUUAUAAAAGAUUAUGACAUGUAUGUUAGAAGAAACUUACAGAGAGGGUACACUGCUAAAGAACUUAAUGUCAGCUAUAUGAAGGAGAAGAAACUACAGUUCACAGAGAAGGUGGAUAAAUUAAAGCAUAAAGGAAGGGAGUGGAAAGACAAAGGAAAAGAAUGGCUCGACAACUGGCAGGACCGCUCUAACGAGUUCAUAGGCAACUUCCUCACAUUGUUUAAUCCUGAUGGCAGAAUUGGUAACUGGAUGAAGGAAAGUAUUCGCGCCAUCUCCCCUACUAUGGAACGCCAAGAAGAGGAAAACACUUCUUCGAAUAGUUCGUCACCUACCAGUCCAUCUGCUAAACGUGUGCGACCUUCCAGCCCUGUAAACUUUGGUGUCGCCAAAGAAUUAGACUUUGAUGUUUCAGAUGAUGAUGAACAAUUUCAAGAUGUUGAUGAUGAUGACGAUGAUGACAUUUGAAUUCAAGAAAAUGUUUUUUUUACCAAGCCUUAAAGAAUAAAUUUGAAUAGUUUUCCAAGCUUUGAACAAGCUUUAUUUAUGUCUAAUCAUCUGCCAAGGAAAAGGGUGAUUUAUCAUUCAGCUUAAUUUUAUAUAAAUACAUAUAUAUAUUUAUAAUACAUAUUUGCAAUAAGGUUAUAUAAAUGCAUGAAUACAUCUUAUGCUGUGUUUGGGUAUACAUCUCAGACAUAUUUGUUAAUGUGUUCAAAGCAUUAGAUGGUCAUUUCUAUAAAUUUGAUGAAUGGCCGAGAGAUUUUAUUUUAUACUAUGCUUGAAUUAAUGUUUUAGAUAUGAUUACAUUUGUAGAGAUAAUUCAAUAUUUUUAAAAUGAAAAUAAUUUUUGGGUCAAUAUUGUUAAGAACAAAUGCAGAAAUUAAAAAAUUGAAUUGACUGAAAAGGGUUAGGCAGGGGACUUUGUUGGGUUUUUUUCUCUCAAGACAAUCUUUUUAUGAUUGAUUUUUUGUUGUCUUUUUAUUGCCCCUCUAUAUUCGUUAACAACUAUAUGCACCCUGUAUUAUUUAUAAUUUUGUUAUAUAGAUCUAUGAUAAGAUAGUAGACAAACCAAGCUUUAAACUGUAAUAAUGGAUGUUCCAUGAUUUAAUUUUUCUAAUUGUUAUUUAAUACUAUAUGUACCUACAUAUCUGUUACUAAUUAUAAAGUUUAUUCUAUUUAGGAUCCAAACAUGACAUGAUCUUUUAUUCUAGCUGCAAUUUAUAUUAUGACCUUAUUUCUUUUUUUUGUUUUUGGUAUUUUAAAUAGAUAUCUUAUUCCCCUUUAUCAGUAUUAUGGCUAUUUUCAUAUUUUUUGUUACAAAAUUUUAAUGUUUUUAUUAAAUUUUUAAUUGUUAGGUCAUCUUUUUUGAGGAAUUGGUCAAGAUAUUAUGAUCACUGCAUUUUGUUGUUGUCGUUGUGCAAAAAAUUGAAUGAAGACCAUUAUUCAAACUUUUCAAAAGUUAUCAAUAAACUUGGAAUACUUGCUUAUCCUGACAAGUUGCUGUUGUUAGACAAGGGACAUAAUUCUGAAAGCAAUAAUUUUGGAGUUAUGCCCCUUUUUUACUUAGAAUUUUUAAACACUGCAUGUGGUGCUCUUGUUUUUGUUUAUAUUUCUUGAUGUCAUGUAAAAUAACACUUUGAAUUGGUUAAAUUGUUGUUGGGGAAAAAUUACAACUGAAUUUUAUUGACACAUAUUUAUAAGAUGUGAAUAUUCAAAUAAGUUAAACAUACAGAGAUUUUGAAAUAAUAUGUCAUUAAACAUGAAGUGUUUACUUACAUUUUUCUUUUUUUCAUUUUAGUCGAUUAAAAUAGGUGCUACAUACAUUAUUCGGUUGUAUACUGCUUUACACUGUGUAUAUAUAGUUCUGUACAUGUACAUAUUUAUACUUUGUUUGCCAGUAAGGUUAACAAACCUAAACGCACAAUCAUUAUUACUAUUUUAAACAACUAGUCUCUAAAUAGAUUAUCUGUGAAGAAUUACAUAGUUUCUUUUUCGAACUUUUGUAUUUAUCUACAUAAUGUAUUCUAUUCUAUCUACUAUGUUACGUGAACUGUUAAUUUAUUUCUUCAAUCUUGCCUCUACAUAUGAAUGUGCCAUUAUUCUAAUUAUAAUAAUAUAAUAGAUUUGUAUUUGCAUGUAUAUGUCAUAGGUCAAGAAAAAUAAUCAUUUGUUAGGGUGUUAGCCGGUUAUUAUGGCUAACUUCUUCUAUUUUCUACGCUGUUCAAAGGUUAAAUAUUGUCACUUUAGAAUGCAGUAAUGGGUUAAGUCCUUUUAAAUUAUAAGUUAUGUAACUGGUUACCACCACCAGUAUAGAGACUAGUCAACCUGCAAGUCAAUAAAGUCUUACCAGCCUGCUUGAUUUUAGUACUUUGAUAUUCAAAUACCUAAUUUUAUCAUGUUGAAGGCGGAUUGAUGGUGUAGUUAUGAUGAUCCAUUUAUUUCUCAUAAUUUUGUUUCGAUGUAAAUGAGACCAGAGUCUGAAGACUUUAUUUUCUUUCGUCUCACAGGACCAUUAAUUUUAAGAUUGAAAUCCAUUUAAAGAAAUUCAAUUCAAAAAGUUUUCGUGUUAAAUACAAUCAAGGUUAAGCAUAUGCUUUUAAUUGCUUAGUUUUACGAAAGAUGAAGAUAGUUUUUUAAUUACACAAUGCAGUGCAUAGAUAUAUAUCAUUUUAUUAUUUUGUUAGAUGUAAUAUAAAUUUUACUGUUGUUAUAAAUUUGUAUAAUAUGACCAGUAUAUUUAAUGUGAGUCAUGGUUUUCUGUUGAAUGAGACCAAACUUUUUGUACUAAUUGUUUUAUUGUUAUGAAACAACAUUUACAUAUUUGACGUAAAAAGAAGCAAAACAUUGUAUUUUAUAUGUCAUACAAAUAAAUGUAUGCUAAAGUAUUUACAUAUAUAAGAAAUUUUGCAUAUGUGUUAUGCACAUUUGACUAAUUAUGAGAUAUGCAUCCAGAAGUUGAAUGAAAUCUUAGAUAAUAAUGGGAAGAAAUGUUGAUCCUGACAUCACUUUCAUGCAUGACUAAAUACUACCAAUGAAAAUAAACUGAAAGAAAAGUUAAAGAAAAAAUAAAGUUAUCUUUUUUUGGGGGGGGGGGGGACAUGUGUUCUGAUCUAGAAAACAUACAAAGGGUAAGAAUAACGUCAUGUUUGCAGGAUGUGACAUAACAGUAUGACAGUAUGUCGACAUGCAAAGAUAAGAGUUUUGAUAGAAUUUAAUACAAUUGAAAUAUUUAUAUAUUAUAUAUAUUUCUAUGAUAACUGUGUGGUUUUGAAGAUUCCUUUUUAAAUGAAUUAAAACAAUGUUUGUUUCAGAGCUGUUAAACAGAAAAAUCUUAAUACAACAUUGAUUAUUUUAUGAUGUUUUGCAAAGAAAUGGUAUCUAUAACUAUAUUUGAAAUUGUGUUAAAGAGACAUUCAAUUUGGAUAAAAUAGUAUAAUAACAUCUAUCAGUGAAUUUGUAAAUAUCUGAACUUGUAAUAACAACCUAUAUAUGGUAAAUGUUGUGCAUCCAUUAUUCUGAAAUCCCUUAAUGUACUUGUGUUCUUAUUGACUUUUCCAAGCAAGUUCUCUAAAACAUAAUACGGUGCAAUAAGUUUUCUGAAUAAGCUUUGAAUGAUCAAUUCAUAAACAAAAAUGAAUUUAUGUUCAAUUAAGAUCUAUUCAUGUAGUACAUUUUUCAUCUUUCAUCAUGUAGUUGUCAGAGAAGUUCUAAAACUAUGUCUAUUUAUAGAUUUAUAGUUAUUUAUAUAUCUACAGCUGUAUAUAGACCUAAAGCUGCUAAUUAAUCAAUUAAUAAUUAUUAAUAGAUAGUAAACUAUUAAUGAUUUGUUAAACAUGUAUAUGACCAUAAGGUGAAGACCUACAUUUUCCUUAUGCUUGAAAAAUUCCAACAUUUACAUAGAAAAGGUUAACUUUAUUAGAUAAAGUUGAAGUUAUUAACCACAAUAAUAAGUAAAUUAAGGGGAUCUGUUUAUGACACAAAUGUAUAUGAAACAGAAUUGUUAUUUAAUUUGCAUUCCAUUUGUUGCUGUUUAUAUGUAUUUAUUUUUUUUCAUUGUCUAAAUAGUCAUGACUAUUUAUUUGUUUAUAUUUCUGUUUUUAACUUUUAAAAUUGAUAACUGAUAUAUUUCAUGAUUUGCAUAAGUAUUUUGACAUUGUUUUCAGCUUUAAAAAAAGUUUUUAAUUUUAUAUCUAAAAGAUAAGAUAUUUGAGAGCUCAAUAUGACAUGGUUUAAUAAAAUAGAGAUUGAUUUUAUGUGUGCAUUAUUGUAAAAUAUUGCACAGUUAAGAGUUCAGUAACAUAUCAUAAAGGCCACAGUAGAGUAAAUAAUUAUAAAUCGGAACUGAAUUUUACAUUCUUUUUAAAUAUUCGAACACUGUAUCAAUUCAUUAUGACUUCAAAUGUAAAUGAAAUAGUAAAAGUAUAGAAACGCUAUCGUUGCAAUAUUGUUUCACAACAUCACCACCAAAUCAAUCAGCGGUGGAACAAUCUCGAGAAAGACCCGAUAAAUAAUCCGGGAGGAUAUCCGAAUCAACCAUAUCCGAUAUCAGAUUCACUAUAUUGGUGUAUUACUGAGUAAACCUCACUAUGUGUUUUUAUCACAGACACCCGUAUUUCCGCUGGUAAACAUCCGCUAAUGUUACUUUGUCAAAUAUUGACUAGGCCUAUGAAAACAAGACAUAGGGAUAUUAUAGUUUAUUUGACAUAAAGUAUGCACAUGUCUUUUGUAAAAUCAGUUUCGCUUUGUUCUAACCCUAAUAUGUUUAUCUCGACAUUUCGUUAUCUCGAUAUUUUUUGGACGGUCCCAAUGACUUCGAGAUAACGAGAGUCGACUGUAAUAAAAGCCGUCCGUUAAAGACAAAAUUAUCUGAAUAAAUUUUACUAAGAACUUCCAAAACGCAGUGCCAAAAUGAAUCUGACUUGUCAAACCAUAACAAUAUCUGGUCAUAUUUUGCAUUUUCUCAAAUUAAUUAAGAUACAGAAUAAACAGGGUAUUGAACUUUUAACAGAUACAAUAUGGGAGUCAAUUUGGACAUGUACACAUCUUAAAAAAAAUCAUAGUAGACUAGCAAGCCAGCUUGUCCAAUAUUUUUUUAUUACCUUUGUAAUUGUUAAUAUUUCCAUAUAUUAAAGUUCAAUGUUAAUACAGAGCCCUUUAAUAUUUCUAAUGCUGUCAAAAUUAUGAACUAUGUGUAGCUUAUACUAGCAUGUGUAAACUGAAAGGUAUUUUAUGCUCACCUUUGAGUAAAAAAAACAAAUCCCCAGAAAUUUACUGAAAUCUAUGAAAUUCUCACAAAAUGCGUCUUAUUUGAAAAAAAAUAAUGUUUAAACUAUGUAUGGGAAGCUGUAUUCCCUAUUAUGAGUAAAGUAAAGUUUGUCUUCCAGUAUUUUUAAUGACAGUAUGUAAUAUACAAUUAUUCAUAUUGUGUCAACCUAUAGUGUGUAGAGUUUAAAGCAUAACAUAUCUACUUAUGUGUGUAAAGUCAAAACAUGUUUAUUCUAUAUUUACAAAGAGACUGUGUAGCAAUUAGCUAUAAUUUUCAAAUAUCAAAUUUGAGCAUAGUAUAUCUAAAAAAGAAAACAUUUUUACAUUGUUUUGUUUUGUAUUGGUGUUGAAUCAGGGUGGAAGAGUAAUGUUAUUAUCAUGACCAGUAAUAUAUUUCAUGUGCCGAAUUCAUUGCCAUUUUAAAUAUUAUGCUUAACUUCUUGUUUAAUUUAUAUUUUUCCUCCUUUUUGUACUGCCAUUAACACAAUAACCUCGAAAACCUAGUACACUAGAUGAUUUUUUUCACACUUGUACAUGUAAGUUGAACAAGGACCGUAACUGUCUCACUUUCCAGAAAAUAUACACUGCUAUACGUAAAUCAUUUAUAUAAUUAUUUAAAUCAUUUAUUAAAAUACAUAUACAUGUAUUUGAUGUACUUAUACGAGUAUAUGGUGGUUUUAUUUUUUUAUUUAUGAAUUUGUCAAUAUUUUUGCAAUGAUUUCAAUCAUAAGUUUCAUUUUAUUUCUUACAUGGCUAUAAUGAUAAUUCAGCACUACAUCAAGUUAUAUGAAGAUUUUUUUUCAUUGGAUAAAACAUGUAAAAGACAAAUU